AUGAAAUCUAAUAGAUCUAGAGUCUUAAGACCUUUGACUAAAACUGAUAAUAAUAGUAAAAAUUGGACUUUCUUUAAUCUCAACAAAGAAAACCUAACAGCUUCAACAGGCUAUGAUGAAUUAGAAUCCUAAUUCUAAAUUGACAAUACUAUGCAUUAAAGCUCGGGAAAUAAGAAAAAAGUUUCUGGACAUAUAUAAAAAGCAAUUUUACCUUCAAUAGUGAAGGAAAAUUUAAAUUCAUUAGAACAAAUCAAGAGUAAUAAUAUCACUCCAAGUGUAUAGAGUACCAAAUAUGCAUUUGAUUCUGGAAAGAAAAAUGAAAUUGAGAGUCAAAGAUCUGCAUCUUCUUUGAUUUAAAAAAAGAUUGAAAGCAUAAAAGAUCCAAAGUUUGAUGAGAAGACUAUUGUUCAAAAAAUUCUAAAUAAUACAAUAAGUGUAGAAAGCGAUGACUCUGAAAUAAGUGAUUAGAUAUCUUCCCAUGAUUCUGAGACCGAACAAAAAGACAAAAAGAGAAAUAAGAGUUAGGUGAUUGCUGUAGUAAAGCCAAGAUAGUCCUCUUAAUCUAGCAAAAUAUAGACUGCUAUACCACUCAAAAGAAGUGAUACUUAAAGUAAACCCAACGUGUUUAAUGAUGUGACAAUUAAAGUAAUGAAAACGAGAAAACAUUUAGAUCUUGGCAGAUGGUAUUGUGUAUCUCGACCCUAGUAUAGAAAGUCAUGUGGAAUUUCUAGUCUUGUAGCAGUUUGGAAUUAUCUAUUCUCAAAAUUAUCAGGCCAUGGCUAUCAUGAAAUACUGACCUAAGAAAAAGCCUUAUAAAUUCUUGACUUUAAACCACCUUAUGAAGAUAUCGUCUUUGGACCAUUUACUGGAAACAAAAACAUCCUGAAAUGGUUUUCAGUUCUUUGUAACCAUCACGGUGUAAAGGGAAGAUCUAGAAUAAUGUAUAAACCCAAAGGAUCUAAAAAUGUAACGAGUGAGGCUAAGCCACUGGAAAUUUUAGAUAAAUUAAAAGAAGGUCUUGCUACAAAUUCUAAAAGUUACAUAUAUCACUGUUAUAAUCAUUAUAUGGUCCCUGUGGGAUACGAGGAAAUGCCUGAUAAGCCUGAGAUAGUCUACAAAAAAGACUUAAGUCCAAGCUAGCUUGAAUCAUAGAUUAUUAUAGCUGAUAAUUCCAGAAAGCAUUAAACAUUCCACAGUGUCAAAUGGGAUGACAUAGUAAAAGACCUAAACAUGGAAAAUCCAAACUAUAUUGAUAUCAGAAAUCUUUAAAAAGGUGUCUAGAACAAGAAUAGCCCUGAUUACAAGGGACGUUCGAAAAAAGGCAAAAACUCUCACUGUAUAAUUGAAUUCUCUUCUGUAAAAUCUAAUUGA